AUGUCUAUUAUUGCUGAUCCGGCAAUUGUCGAAACCUUCAAAUACCUUGAAAACGGAGGAUGUGUAAUACCAAAUUCAAGGCAUAGAUACGAUCUUUUCUUACCUUACAUAUUGAAAUAUUACAAGCCUAAUGACGUAUCUUUUUUAAAAGCGAGUUUUCUUCAGGUUGAUUUAGUAAAAAGUAUUUUAGAAUUAAAUAGAAAUAAUAUUAUCAGUGAUGUAGAAAGACAAGGCAAAAUAAUACCACAAAGUCAAACUCAUACUCCAUUUUCAAAUGAUCAUGAAACAAUUAUAAGGCAUGCCGUACUUGUGUUACGAGAUUUAUAUAAUCUUGUAAUUAUUGCAAAAGCAAAGUAUGAACAAGGCCCCACGAGUGUUCAAAAAUGCAUUGACAUCUUGCAUGCAAAUAGAUUAUUACAAAACCUCAAGAAAGAAUCGGUCAAAAAUAUCGAUUUUUAUUUGCCUAUAAUAUUGUAUAUUUGGAAACCUAUCGAAUUGGAUAUCAAUUAUGAGGAUGUAAUCCGUGCUUUGCCGCUCUUAAGUAAUUGUGGUGAUUUAAUCAGAUGUUUAGUCGCUAAUAAUCCACAAAUGUUUCAUAAGGUCACGGAUAUUAUCCUAGAGGUUCACAAAUAUUAUCCUCAUAAAUUUAAAGAUCGCAUCAAAAAAAUGCUGUAUACUAUGGUUAGUCUCGCAACACAUCACGCCUUUAACAUGCGGCUUAAGCUGAUUGAUUUAAAGAUAUUACCGGAAGUUGUGCUGCGACUUACUGUUCUCUGUUCAGAUGUUGUAUUAUGUCUUGAAGGAAUUUUGUCGCGAAAUCCUAAAUGGAUAACGUCACAACAAGUUCCACAGGGUCUAAUCAAUGACCUAAAAAGUAGCUUAUUUAUAACUUUGCGCAAUUGUGUGAAUAAGGUACAACAACCAUUAACUCAUCAUCGAGCAAGGCUAUGUAUAUUAAUGCGGAUUAUUUGUGGUUUUGUACAUUUAUUUAAAGUAAAUUUUGAUCCAAACGAGUUAGAAGUUUGCUUAACAGUUAUAGAACAUGCCGGAUCAGACAGGCUCAAAAAAUUAUGUUUAUGCUUCUUGUUACUUUGUUCUGAGAUGUUAAUUAAAACGAACAGGUUAUUACUUGUAAAUUCGUUUGCAAAAAUAGUUAAUAAUAAUAAGCAGUUGUUUUUGAUAUUUGCUUACUUUUUCCGUACAAGUCAACUCGAUCAAAUAUCAAAAAUGUCUGGUUACGGUUUAGUUGAAUUAAGAAACGCAACGAAGGACGUUCUUUUCUCUGAAGUUACUUUGGCCAGAAGUGCUUUGGAAAUAGAACCAGACACUUUUGACGGAUUAGGAUUGGCAAAAGAUCCUAGAGAUAUUGCUUUUAAUGUAGUUUACGUGAUGUUAAAGGGUGGAGUAUUUCAUAAAGGCAAGGUAGAUAUUAAGCCUUGGAUCAUGCGACAAAUGAUACAAGCAACGUUACCAAUCCAUUCUCAGUUAUGCCCUUUAAUUAAGACAUAUGCUUCUAGCAUCUUUGAUAUUCACGGUAUCGUUUAUCCAACACCAAUGAGCAAAAUACCGGAAUUUCAUAUAUUCACGUUUUUUCGAGAGAGAAUUGAAAAAAUUACUCCAGCACAUAUUCUUUUGUUUUAUUAUGUACUUCAGUUUAAUAUAAUUGCGAGAGAACGGAAGUCAGUUGGAGGUCAAGCAUCAUUACAAAAAACUAUUUACUAUUCCAAUUUACCUUAUUCUUCGAGUCUCAUGGAAUCAAUCCCCGUUCGAAGAAUACUAAUUGAAGCGGAAAAAUGUGACAAUGGCUUGGCAUAUCGUAAUGUUUAUCCUGAGCUUCUUGGACUCAUUGCUUCAAGUUAUCCCGAAAUUUUUGAUAUAGAAAAUCUCUUGGCUGAAGAAGAUCGUCUUCCAAAGACUUUGAGGCAAAAUCAGUUGGUUGUCAAAAAUUUUAUUCAAAUAUCCAUUUCAAAUUUUGAAGAAAAUCCAGUAGAGGCUUUAAAUGCCUUGAAAACUUUGGAAUCUAUGGAUCCGGGGGAUUUGUCAACUCGUUGUAAUCCACUUAUGCUAUCUUUAUUACCGAGAAUACUUUAUCUCAAGGAUCUCAGAAUCAUACAAUCGGUAUAUCGUAUCUGGUUGUCACUCUAUAGUAUGAAUCCUCAUGAAGCAUCUUUAUUGUUCAUAAAUGCAACUCGAGGACAGCAAGAUCAGAAAAUAAGAUUUACGGAGUUGCAACUUAUGAUGGAUCCAUUGCUAGUUAUGCGUUGUGACCCCCAAGUGUUUAGAUGUCCUCCAAUUUUUAAAAUCUUUUUAAAGGUUUUGAAAUUUUAUAUGAGAGGUUCCCGAUUUAGAUUAAGUCGACUUCAACAAGAUGAAAAUGAAUAUUUGAAGGAUCGUUUUACGUUUGAAAAGAUGGAUAAAUUGAUAUUAGUUCAAGAAAUUUCAUUGAUGAAAAUAUUACUUGAAAUUUGUGAAUCUAAACCGGACGAUAAUCCUGGGAUAUUGGAGGAAAUUAGAAGCGAAACGUUUAGUUUUCUUCACGAAUUGUUCAUUGAAAACACAAUAUUAUGUAGGGAAUUACAUUUUGAAGGUUAUUCUAUUGAAUUAAUACCUUUGACAACGCGGAGAAUCGAGUCAAUGCAUAUGUGUAUAACUUUUGCGCCUGAAUUAAUUAACGAUAAAUCUGAUCCAAAAAGGCAGUUGUUCGGAUUAUUUUUGGGUAGUCAACUUUGUAAAGUUUGGCCCAUGGAACAAACAUAUAAGCUUGCAAAAGAUUGUAUAAUAGAAAGAAUAAAAGAAAAAUCUUUGCAAACAAGUGGAAAGACGUUAUCCGAAGAAGCGAAGAAGAUUUUACCAAUUUUAAUCCUUAUUUAUAAUGUAUUUAUAAAUUUACGCCAUGAAGUUAAGCGAAUAUUAAAAGAUCUAGAAGCGAAGUUUAGACCACGGAGAGGUGCUACCACGUUUGGAUUGAAAAGAACAUCAGAGAUAUUUAUUGCGAAAUUAUUAGAACAAAUACGUGAUAAACCUGGUAGUUCAUCUAAAUCUCAAAAGAAGAGAGUGAUUUUAAGGGCAGAAAUAUAA